AUGGUAGGAUAUGUCGAUCUCCCAUUGGACGAUUUGAUUCUUUUGAGGUGGGGCCUUGGGGGUACGGACUUGCUUAGAGAUUCGUUGGAUAAAGUGAAGAUUAUUCAGGCGAGGCUUCUCACAGCUCAGAGUUGGCAAAAGAGUUACGCGGACUGGAGAGUUCGUGAUUUAGUGUUUAUGGUGGGCGAUCAUGUCUUGCUUAAGGUUUCACCCUUAAAGGGUGUUAUGAGGUUUGGAAAGAAAGGAAAGUUGAAUCCUCGUUACAUUAGUCCUUUUGAUAUGAUUCAGAGAGUUGGAGAUGUUGCGUACGAGUUAGCACUACCAUCUGGUUUGUCGAGUGUUCAUCUAGUGUUUCAUGUUUCUAUGCUCAAGAAGUAUGUUUCAGAUGGUUCUCAUGUGAUUAGAUGGGAUUUAGUGAUGCUUGAUCAUAAUUUGUCCUAUGAGGAGGAGCCGAUUGCUAUCUUGGAUUGUCAUAUUCGUAAGAUGAGAUCCAAAGAAAUUGCUUCUGUGGAAGUUCAGUGGAGAGGUCGUUCGGUAGAGGAGGCUACUUGGGAGACCGAGUUGGAUAUGAGGGUGAGGUACCCUCAUCUUUUUGAAGCCCCAAGUACGUCUUUUCUCUUUUGUUGUCUUUGA